AUGGAUGUGUCUAAAAAUGAUUUGGCUUAUGAUGAAUUCAUUUCAAAAUGUUGUGGUGAAAUAAGCUAUAAUAUUGGAAGUGAUUGGUUGCGAUGGGGAAGACACCUUGGUCUAAGUGAUUCAGAUCUUGAUAAUAUUAGCUCUGAUAACAAAAAUUGUUAUGAGAAAGCUGAUAAUGUUUUAAAAAAAUGGAAGCAAAAAAAAGGAAAUCCUUUAUGGGAGCAAUUAAAAAAAGAAUUAACGGCUUUUGAUCGUUUAGAUAUUGUGUAUAAAAUUAAAUCAAAAUUUGAAGAUACCUUAUCAAGUCAAGGAAAAAUUAGCACUAUUGAAUGUCGAAUUCCUCAUGGUUGUGUUUUUAAGUUUGAUUUACUUGAAGAUGAAAUUUGUAGCGAAGUCGAAUUCCAAUUAAACAGUGUUGUUAAUAAUUGGACAGCUAUUAAUAAUAAGAAACAAGCAUUUCAAUAUUAUUUAACAAAAAAAAAGAAUGCGACAUUGUUUGUGAAAGUAGAAAAGUUAUUAUUUGAAAAUGAAACACUUAAUUUUAAGUUUUUAUUUCAAGGUUUAAAAAAAACAUUCUUUCAACAUUUUUGUUCAGUUAAUAUUAUAGGUAAUUGCAACUAUGAGUUAAUCUAUAAUGGGUUGUGUGUUGCAACACCUGAACCAAUUUCCAACAAGGGGUUUAGACAAAAUGUAAGAACAACAAAUUCUUUGGAUUGGAGAGAGACAAACAAUAUUUGUUUAGAUAAAAUACCUAAUAAUAAAUCAAUAGAGUUAAUUGGAUUAGAUUAUUUUAAUAGAAAUUUUUCUGAUUGUAAUGAUGUUAUUUAUGUCACUUCUUCUAUUGCUGACAAUGAUAAUUUAGUUGCUUCCAAGUUUAUUGAAAUAUUUACUGUCAAUUGUACAGGUGUACGUGCUGUACUACCUGGUUACCGUUUACGUUAUCAUGCAUCUCUUUUAAAGUGCAAUGUUGAAAAGUUUACUAAUUAUAAUGAUGAAAAUAGAAUAACAAUUUUUGUCUCUGAACUCAACCUUGUUAUAAUUGCUCGUGUUGCUACUUCAAUAUAUUGCCUCAAGCUAGAAUCUGAACAGUGUUUAAAUGAUGUCAUAUUAUUUGUUAAUGUUAACAAUCCUCUAAUUGAUACUAAUAAACUAAUUAUUUUGGGAGUUGUAGUUUUACCUUUACAUGAUCGUAAACAUUUGAAAGAAGAGUUAUUUUAUCACUUCUCAGAGGAUUUUGAUUUAGAUAAAAUUUUGUUUCUAUGUAAAGAUGACAUUGAAGAUGAGAAUUUUGAAACUUGGUGGAGAUUAGUUGUAGCUUACUGCAUUAAAAAAGUAAAUCCAAAAAAUAAUAGUGAAGUACUAUUUAAAAAACUCAUCAGUUUAACUAUGAUGUCAAUGUCUAUAGUUGACCAUUGCUAUCCCACAUUAGAAUCAGAUACUCAAAAACAGAUACAAUCAUUGGUUCUUAAUGUUGAACAAAGAAAUGCAAUCAAUGACAAAGCUUUGAAAAAAAUCAUCACUGGAGGAUAUGGUUCAGGUAAAUCUAUAGUAGGAAAAGAGAUUGUUAAAAAUUGUAUUUCUCAUAAGUCACAAAAUCCUUUGACCCUAUUUUAUAUAUGUUGUAACCAUUUUUCAUUGUAUGAAUGCCAUAUGAAAGAGUUUGUUGACAGUAUAGAGAAAUCUUCAAAUGUUAAGGUUGUCUGUGAUAAUUUGUAUGAGUUGUGGAAAAAAAUGUGCAAAAACAAAAGCACUUCAAGCAAUUACAUUUCAAUACCAAAAUUGCUAGAGUAUUUAGCGAGCACCAACGGUAACAAAGUAUGUUUUUUACUUGAAGAACUUUCUGAAGAGUAUGUUAAAGAAGAAGAUGCAGCUCAACUUAAACAUUUGUUUGAAUCUAUAUUAAAAGAUUCUUUAGUCGUUUUUAUUCCUGAGAGUAUUACAAAGAAUCGAGAAUUGAUAGCAAAUAAACAAAAGCGUACAAUACAAAGAAAUUACUUUCAAGAAGAAAUAAUAGGAAUGAAGGUCAUAUCUCUAAAUAAAUCAAUGAGAGUUACGGAAUGCAAUAAACUAUUAAUAGAUAUUACUCAAAAAACUAUUUGUGAAACAAAAAGUGUUUUAAACAUUCCAAACACUAACUUUAAAAUAUUGGAAGAAGGUAAAGAAAAUAAUUUGUUUAGAGUUAAAGAUAAGCAAAUUGAGGAAGAGAAAGAUUUUCAAAGUUUGCAUAUGUUGACAUAUGAUUCUAGAAAUAAUUCUAAAAAUGUAACACCUAAUUUUAUAGAAAACUAUGUAAAAGAUGAGGAAAAAAUAGAUGACACGCCAUAUUAUGACUUAAUUGACACCAUUAAGGUAAAUAAAGAUAUUAAUUAUGCAUCUGUCAUAGUUAAAAAAGAUAACAGUUUUGCAUCAAAUAUUACUAAUGAUGAAACUGUUAAUAAAUUUAAAGACUCAACAGAUUCAAAAAUUACUAACAAAACUGUUGAAAUUACUAACAAAACUGUUACUAGCAAAACUGUUAAAAACUUUACAGACUAUAAAUCAGAUCAGUCUCCAGAGAAAAUAGAAAACAAGAUUAUUGAUACAAUUUUUAAUGAUUUUCAUGACAAUGAUUUAGAUUACAUGGCAAAGCUAAUAACAAAAAGUAUUAGUAAUAUUGAUCCAAAAUGUCAUAUGGAGACUGAAUAUGUUUUCAAAUCUGGUAAAAUAGGUCACUCAAUUAAAGGAGAAAAACCCAAGGUUGUGUAUUUACCUUUUCAUGAUAUAACAGACAAGCAAUCUGUUAAAUUGUUAUCCAUUGUAUUAGAAAAAAUUUGUUUUAAUGUAUUAAGAAAAACUGUGGUUAUAUGCAACAAUAUCGAAGAAGUGCAAUCUGUUGCAUAUGCAAUAGAUAACAUUAAAAAUUUUAAAGCAGUAACAUAUUCACCACAUAUGCAGAAAUACUCUCCAACAUUAGAGGCAAAAUUUAAAAUUCAUAAUAAUUUAAGAAGUGAACUGGACAUUCUUGUAACUGACUGCAAAGGGUUUUCAGGAGCGGAAUCUGAAUCUGCAAUUGUGUUUGUAAGCCCAGAAGAGAUUUUUCUUCGUCAUGUUCUUGUGGAUGCUAUUUCUAGAUCAAACUCAUAUUUAACUGUGUUUGUUAAGAGUUACAGUUGUAUCAAAGAGCUUUUAAAUAGCGACAAAACUAUUGGAAAUGUAUUAAAAUUUUGGUCAGAAGAGGUAGUUGAAAAAAUUACUGUUGUAACAUCUAAUAAAGAAAAUCAAAAAUCAAAAGAUGGUUUCUUCAUAGUAGAUGAGAAUUGCAAGGUGUUUAUUGAUCGUGGAUCUACUAUUGAUUUUGAAAAAUACAAGAGAAGUUUACAGUUUGAAGUCUUUCAUAAAAAUAACUUCAUAUACAAAACUAUGGCUUCUAAUCUGUCUUAUCAAAAUGAUUUGGCAAGGUUGUCUGCUGAACUUAAAAAUUUUUAUCUUAAGUUGUUAUGGAAAAAUGGGUGAACUACAACCGCUAUUACAAGAAAUUGGUGAACUACAACCGCUAUUACAAGAAAUUGGUGAACUACAACCGCUAUUACAAGAAAUUGGUGAACUACAACCGCUAUUACAAGAA